UUAACACAUGAACGGAAAUGUCACCGUUGAAUCUCACUGGCUGCCUGCGUGCGGCUCCCAUUCAGGAACGGGUGAGGUUUACAGAGAGCGGAGGCGGCCAUUGGCCAGUGUGCACAUCCGUCUGAGCAAAAGGGGCGGGAGGUUUUUUUUUUUUCUUUUGCCUCGGUACGGGAGCCGAGCGGGGACCGGCUGGUUACGCAGCGGCCGUGGGUCUCCACCCGAGAGUAUGGCGGCUGGGAUCUCACAGGAGAGCGGGGGAGAAGCGGAGACAUGCCAGAGAUGGUGAAAAAGAAACAAAGAGACGCAAGUUCUGUAACUGGGUGCCGGCGCAGCUUUAGUUUGUGUUGUUUUUCCGUGGCGACCCGCAGCUUAAAUACAUUGCGGCUGCAGUUCAUUCCUGGGUUAAGCCAGCCAGCGUUUUUCCACUGUCCUCGAUGGAGCAAGUUUGUUUUUUUUAUUUUUUUUAUGAUGCACAGAGACGGGUGAGCUAAGCAGAUGAAAACCCGCACGGUCCACAUCGCCGGCCGAUAUUCUAUCCCUCCCUGUGCACGUUUUGGACAUUUGCAGACCUCGGAUGCUCGUGUGGCUGUCAGUGUCUGGCCUGCAUGGGGGGGAAAAUUUCUACAAUGAAAUCCAUCUUGGGGCACCGAGUCUUCUUUGUGCUCUGCCAUAGCUGAGCAGCGGCGAGCAAGACCGUGUUAUUGACAGCCCGUUCAAAAUGGGACGCGAGUGGUGAAUGUGAUUUGGUGCGGGAGCGGUUUUUUGAGUUCAUGUCAAUGACGCGCGGAGACUCGACACCUUACGACUUGAUUUAAUCCACGAUGCGCGAGUAUAAAGUGGUGGUCCUGGGCAGCGGUGGGGUCGGGAAAUCCGCCCUCACCGUGCAGUUCGUCACCGGGACGUUCAUUGAGAAAUACGACCCCACCAUAGAGGAUUUUUACCGCAAAGAGAUCGAGGUGGACUCCUCGCCCUCGGUGCUGGAGAUCCUUGACACCGCCGGUACCGAGCAGUUCGCCUCCAUGCGGGACCUGUACAUCAAAAACGGCCAAGGAUUCAUACUGGUCUACAGCCUUGUCAACCAGCAAAGCUUCCAGGACAUAAAGCCGAUGAGGGAUCAGAUCAUUAGAGUGAAAAGGUAUGAGAAGGUCCCCGUGAUCCUGGUGGGGAACAAGGUGGACCUGGAAAGCGAGCGGGAGGUAUCAUCCAGCGAAGGCCAAGCCCUGGCCGAGGAGUGGGGCUGCCCGUUCAUGGAGACCUCGGCCAAGAGCAAAACAAUGGUAGACGAACUGUUCGCUGAGAUCGUUCGGCAGAUGGACUACGCCGCUCAGCCCGACAAGGAUGACCCCUGCUGCUCCUCUUGCAAUAUACAAUAGCCCCCCGGGGCCUCCGAGAACAGGCCGGGCAAAAAGUCCACAUGAAGGACGGCUCCUUUGACUAGCAGCAGACACACUUAGAGACACACACACACACACAUGCACAUGCCAAUUAAACGGAAGAGAAAUUCGUGGGUGAACGUGAUGGAUUUUAACUAAGUGGAGCAUUUACAGUGACAUGAUUAUUAAUAACGACAUGUGAGUAAUGCAUACGUUUUGAAUGAGGAAUUUGCCGCAAGAGAAUUUGACAAAAAGGAACAUGCCCUCGCCUUAUGUUACUUUCUUUUGUCGUUUGUUUUUAAUCACAAGAAAAACAGUGAGUCGUCAGCAAAGCAUCACAGAUCUGGGAGCUUUACUCUAUAGGUUGUUACACAAUCUGCUAUAAGGGAGUAAAAACAACAAACAAACGUUCUCUUCUGGUUUGUAUUACAGUUUUCGCACAGAACACCGAGAUGCAUUUCCUGUUACCGGUUGCAAGUAGCUACUGUGGACGAACCCAAUGACAGAUUUCUGGUAUCCAGUUGUUUUAAGGAGUAUUUGCUUUAGGGUAUGUACAAUUUUUAGUUUGUGUAGUUGUCGGUGGGAGGUUUUUCUACUCAUCACAGGGCUGAACCAAAGAGGUGACCUGAAAGCACCUCCAUAUUCUUAUACUUUUUUUUUUUUUUCCCUGUCGUUCGAAAAGGAAUGGAGAGGGAACGGAAAAGUCAGUGUCCUUCUUGAAACAUUGGUGCAGUCACCUCUUUCCUAUUUUCUCACUUUGACAUAUAAUAGUAAGCAUAGCAGAAUCUCUCACAUAUCGUGUGAUGUUUUGUUUUCCUCUCUGGGAGACUCUUGACAGCAGAUUGCCGAGUAGUAACAUAACUAACUGCUUCACCCUGAUGAGAGUGUUUUCAGUGUUUGAAUAUCUCCACAGACGAUCUCUCCGAAGCUCUUUUCAGGAAUGGGUGACAUUUAAAGUGAAGAUGCCAACAUUUUGUCAUACUUUUUCUUCUUCUUUUUUUUUUUUUUCUCCUCCGGUGUCGAUAGGAAAACGCGGCGCCCAGCAUCCUGAUGCCAUUCUUUAUGUGCUCAGAGUAUUCAAAUUCAUAGUAACAAAUAGUAACGACGAAGGCGAUGACGAUAAUAAUAAUAAUAAUAAUAAUGAUAAGAAGAAGAAGAAUUAUUAACGGUAGUGUAAAUAUUUUGUAUUCAGAGUGCCAGCUCCUAUGAAGACACUGACUCAACACGUGGAAUUGUCAACUGUAUGCAUGGCUAGUAAACAAACAAAAAAAAGGACUCUUAUUUGUUUGAGAUGAAUAUAGGCUGUGGAAAAAAAAAAUGCAAAUCAAACACAUACACAUCUGGAUCUGGACACUGUCUCAGCUGUACAUCUGUGUUGCCGCGGGAAACCAGACUCUUCCCCCGUGUGACCAUUUUCAUUGUUGAUUUUAUAUUUUUUUAUGUGACCAUUUACUCUUUAUCCCUCUCUGAAUGGUGACACUGUUACAUUUGACACCUAAACAAUAAAAGUGCGUUCAACACUCGA